CUUCCUACACAAUAAACAAAUCUCCAAGCCGAAGCUACAGUCAUUUGAAUGGGGUUUGAAUAGUUUGGAUCGGAGGAAAGACAUCUUCAAAAUGGACAAGUUUCGUAUGAUGUUCCAGUUCCUCCAAUCCAACCAGGAGUCUUUCAUGAAUGGUAUCUGCGGUAUAAUGGCACUAGCUAGCGCCCAAAUGUACUCUGCCUUUGAGUUCAGCUGCCCUUGUAUUCCCGAAUACAACUAUGCUUAUGGGAUUGGACUACUCAUCAUACCGCCCCUAUGGUUCUUCAUGUUGGGUUUUGUGUUGAACAAUAAUGUGUCAAUGCUUGCCGAGGAAUGGAAGAGACCGACGGGGAAAAGGCAGAAGGACCCAGCAGUCCUCCGGUAUAUGUUCUGCUCGAUCACACAGCGGUCUUUUAUAGCACCUGCCGUUUGGGUUUCUGUCACUCUCAUGGAUGGGAAGAGCUUCCUGUGUGCUUUCAGCAUCAACUUGGAUCUCGACCAGUUUGGGAAUUCAAGUCUUGCCAUGGGAUUAUCAGAGAUGGAGAAGAUGAAACUGCUGGCGAAAAUACCAUGCAAUGAACUAUUUGACCAGCACGAAAUAAGAGUGGCGGCGUCUCGAUACAUCAAGUGUAUUUCACAGGCAUGUGGUUGGAUGUUCUUGCUCAUGGUGACCUUUGUGGCCUUCAUGGUUCGGGCCAUUCGUCCGUGUUUCACUCAGGCCGCCUUCCUUAAGACCAAGUAUUGGUCACACUACAUCGACAUAGAGCGUAAAACGUUUGAGGAGACCUGUAAGGAGCACGCCAAGAGCUUUGCCAAGAUUUGCGUCCAGCAAUAUUUUGAGAGUGUCAGCGGAGAAAUGCAAAGUUUCCACUGCCACCGUUGCAGCAGGGAUGACAGCGACGACGAUGACGAAGACAAAAAGAGGAGUGACGAAGACAAGCUCCUCGGCAUAAGAGCCCAGGACGACAUGAACAAAGUCUUGUGGAACUGGCACACCUGUAAGCCGCCUCUGGCUCUAAGAAAGGAGCAGCCAGAUGGUGAAGACAAUGACAGACUGGCUGCAGAGGCCAAAGGAGAGUCAGAGGGGCUUGUUAACGGACACGCCAAAAAAGAAUGGGCGGUGUAUUACAGUAAGGUUUGACCAUUUCAAAAGUAGGGGAAUUUUUUUCACUUAGAUUUAAGCUCUCUUUGGCUGUUCGAUAGCCCCCAGGCACUGAUAUUGGCCAACAUUUUCAGUAAAUUGUUUUGUUUCAUUGUCCAAAGAAUGAUUUUAAAUCAGUUAUCAGAUUUUCAGAUAAAGAGACUUCUAGAAAUAAAACGCUGUAAUGCAGUUGAUUUUCAUUUCUGCUUUGAUGCAUUAAAAAUAUGUAAAUGAAUAUGAAA